AUGCCCGUUCACGCGCAGGAACAUCUCAACAUCCCAACUAAGGACAUCUUGUCUUGGUGCUAUGACAAUCGACCUGCAUUCGAUCAAGAGAAGCCAAUCUUCAUCGAUGCCGCCAAUCCAAAGCGUUCCAUCUCUGCCACCCAGGCAUACACUCUCAUCCGCAAGCUAAUUGCUGGCUUCCGCCGCUCCGGACUGCAGCGAGGCGACUGUGUCUGCCUCCACUCUUUCAACAAUGUCCACUAUCCCAUUCUGGUUUUGGGCAUCGUCGGUGCAGGUGGAGUGUUCGUAGGCACGAAUCCUGGUUACACCUCCUAUGAGCUCCAUCACGCGCUUAAGACCUCAAGGGCCAAGUUUGUCAUCACGGAGAAGGAGUUGCUUCCUGCUCUGCAACAGCCUGUAGUCGACCUUGGUAUUCCCGACAACCGCGUCUUCUUCGCCGGACAAGCUGGCAUUACCAAUCAAGCUCGAAAGCAUGAAUCGUGGCGCACACUCCUUGAGCAUGGCGAAGAGGACUGGGUACGGUUCGAUGAUCUUGAGACAGCUCGGAAAACGACAGCAUUUCUUAUGUUCAGCUCCGGCACCACUGGCCUACCGAAAGCAGCACAAUUGAGCCACUACAACUUGGUCGCCGAACAUACUCUAGUCCACGAGAAUCCAGAGCACCCGGAGAACUUCGCCAUGUCUCGCGUAUGCGCUUUGCCAAUGUUCCAUGCAGCAGCAGCACCUUAUGUUCACAUCACGACUUUGAGAUCGGGAAGACAAUCGAUCAUUAUGCGACGAUUUCACCUGGACGACUUUCUGAAACAUCACGAACAACACAAAGUCACGUCAGUGAUGUGUGUUCCGCCCAUGGUGCUGGCUAUGGUCGGUCACGCGGCUGCAUCGCCAGCCAACGCAGCGCAUGUUCGCCAGAGCCUACGCUUCGUUGUUCACGGCAUUGCUGGCGCGGCACCUCUGGAUGUCGAGACGCAAAAGCAGUUUCAAGCCCUCUUGAGUCCAGACGCAACGUUCGCACAGAUAUGGGCUAUGACGGAAACUUCUUGCUUGGCAUCUGUCUUCUACCAUCCCGAAGGCGACGAGACUGGAAGUGUUGGCCGCUUCAUGCCGAACCUGGAUGUCAAAAUCGUAGACGAUGAGGACAAGGAGAUCGACCCGCCAUACGACCGCAGAGGUGAGCUUUGUAUUCGUGGCCCAACGAUCAUCAGAGGAUAUCUGGACAAUUCGGAAGCCAACAAUAGAGACUGGGACCAAGAUGGCUUCUUUCAUACUGGAGAUAUUCUAUACUGUGACAGUAAGACAAAGCUCUGGUAUGUCGUCGAUAGGAAGAAAGAACUCAUCAAAGUCAGGGGCUUCCAAGUAGCACCCAACGAGAUUGAAGGCGUCCUGCUAUCUCAUCCAGGCAUUCAGGAUGUAGCUGUCAUUGGCGUCGACAGUCCUGAUGGUGAGGUUCCGAGAGCUUAUGUGGUUAAGAGAGAUGGUGGACUUGAUGUGACCGAAACUGUGGUCAGACGAUGGGUUGAAACCAGGCUGGCAAGGUACAAGAGGUUGGAUGGUGGUGUAAAGUUCGUGGACGCCAUACCAAAGACGGCGAGUGGCAAGAUACUGAAGAGGAUUUUGCGAGACGAGGCAAAGGCAGAGGCUAAGCGAGAUAUCGCAAAGCUGUAA